GACUUCGAUGAUGCAACGAUGGAGGCAUGCCAAGAGAGACCCAAGACCUCGCCCAAUCGCGAAGAAAAGGACGAUAGAGGAAAAGAAUGGGAGGUGGGGAACCCUCACCACCGAGGUCCAAAGUUGGAAUCGACCGCUGACAACGAUUUACCACGAAACUUGGAUCCCGUCGAAUUCGGCACGCUUGAGAUGGAAUUCGAUAUACAAUCGAGUUCAAGUGGCGACUCUCCUAAUUCGCUUAUCUCCAAUA